GUAAAAAUGGGGGAUAAAGUGGUGUGCGUGACGGGAGGAUCAGGUUACAUAGGCUCAUGGCUGGUUAAACUGUUGCUCCACCGCGGUUACACCGUCAAGGCUACUGUUCGUAACCUCAGCGAUCCAAGUAAAGUAGAGCAUCUGAAGGCACUUGAAGGAGCUGAAGAAAGACUUCAUUUGUGUGAAGCUAAUUUAGUGGAAGAAGGAUCAUUUGAUUCAGUGAUUGAUGGUUGUGAUGCUGUUUUCCACACUGCAUCUCCUGUUAUACUUGACAAUGUCAAGGACCCUCAGGUGGAACUAAUAGAACCAGCAGUAAAAGGAACACUAAAUGUUCUUGGUUCAUGUGGCAAGGCACAGUCAGUGAAAAGAGUGGUCUUAACCUCUUCUAUGGUCACUAUUGCCUUCAAGAAACCCACCCAAAACUCUAACCCUUUAAUUGAUGAAACUUCCUUUUCUGAUCCAAUCUAUGCUCAGGAAAUGGAGCGAUGGUAUGUUGUUUCAAAAAUAUUGGCGGAGGAAGCCGCAUUCAAAUUUGCACAAGAAAAUAGCAUUGAUUUGGUAGUCAUAAAUCCUGGACUAGUAAUUGGCCCUCUUCUCCAGCCAACUCUUAAUGAAACUUCGCAAUAUUUUCUUACUUUGAUUACACAAGGAAAGUGUACCAGUGCAACCCCAGGUGGAAAUUUUGUAUACGUUGAUGUAAGAGAUGUUGCUAAUGCACAUAUACUAGCUUUUGAGAACUUAAUAGCCAAUGGUAGAUAUUGUCUUGUUGCACAAGUGCUGAAUUGCUCUAGAGUUUUGCAAAUCUUACGUGAACUCUAUCCUACAGCCAAAUUCCCAAUCUGCGAAAUCGAGGAGAAUCCAAAUGCACUAUUGCCCUUUCAAGUGUGCAAUGACAAGGCACGAUCAUUGGAUAUGAAUUUUAUUCCAGUGGAGCAGAGCAUCAAAGACACCACUGAAAGUUUCAUACUGAAAAAUUUCUUCAAUUUAAGAAUGUAACAUUUAAAAUGUUUAUAAGUUUAGAUUAUAUUGUGCAAUGCCAAUUGAUGUCCAUUGAAUGUAAUUUGGGACAGUAAUAUUUAUGUUUAGAUUGAUGCAAUCAAACUUGUUGUGAUCA